CUCUCUCCUCCCACCCGGCGGACGGUCGGACGUUAACACCGCCACACGUCGGUCGUCGUCAGCCAUGUUGUCGGUGUGACACACCGAGCUGUCAGCAACAGGUCCCUCAGACUGGCACUGCUGCUAAACUUCAACGUCUACCUCUCUACUCGGACACUAGACCCGCACACGUCGCGUGGGAACCUCCCACGAGAGGCGGGUGGGAACUUCAGAUCCCCUCGGAAGUUGGGAAGUGGAUUCUUUUCUUCUUUUUUUUUUCUGCGGGGGCCGGGGUCAGAGAGUGCCAGUACUGUCCUGUCUUAGCUGCAGUAUUGACUGAUGACUGGACGGUGACUGUGUUUUGCAGAUGGCUGUGAGCAGCAGCUGAGAUCGCCACCGGGAGUUCCCCCUCUGUCACGCUCUGCCACCUGCAAAUAUGAACGGUGGUCCAAGUGUGUGGGCAGUGUCUCCGGAGGAGAGGGUCAAACAUGACCAGAAGUUUGACACCCUCUCCCCAUCAAUGGGCUAUGUUUCAGGGGAGCAGGCGAGGAAGUUUUUCCUCCAGUCAGGGCUGCCUCCUUCAGUUCUGGCUGAGAUAUGGUCUUUGGCUGAUAUGAAUAAAGAUGGCAAGAUGGACAGGUUGGAGUUUUCCAUCGCUAUGAAGCUCAUAAAGCUAAAACUCCAGGGUACGCCGCUCCCCUCUGCACUACCAAUCAUCAUGAAGCAGCCUCCAGUGCCUAUUCCCAACCUCAAUAACCCCACCUCAUCCAUGAUCAGCCCGGCCUAUGGUAUUGUUUCUAUGCCUAACAUGUCCAUGAUGCCUCGGACAAACCUUGCCAUGUUGACCCCUAUCUCCAUGGCAACCCCUGGACUCUCACCCAUGACAGGCCUCAGCCCUUUAGUUCCUACAGCAACCGGCCUGAGCCCCCUCAUGGUCUCCACCAACACCCGGCCCCUGAUGCCCACUAUGGGAAAUGCCACACUGCCAAAUGGCAGCAUGGGAAUUCUCCAUCCACUCACAACUGGACCUUUGGCAACUGGCCUUCCUCUAUCUGCGUCCGCUUACUCCUCUCCAUUAGGAAUGUCCUCUUCUCCAGCUGGUAUAAACAAGGCCUCGUCACUGCUGGACCUGGGAUCUAUCAGCUCUGCCUCUUCAUCCCCUUCUGUGAUGUCGCCCAUGGCUGCUGUUCCCAGUGACUGGGCCGUGCCACAUGCCUCUAGACUGAAAUACAGACAGCAGUUCAACGGCCUGGACAAACAGAUGACUGGAUACCUUACUGGUCAGCAGGUGAGAGGUGCCAUGUCAACCACAAUGCUGACUCAGACACAGCUGGCCUCCAUCUGGACUUUAGCAGAUGUGGAUAAGGAUGGCAAGCUGAAAGCCGAGGAGUUUAUCCUGGCAAUGCAUCUGGUAGACAUGGCGAAGAGCGGCCAACCACUGCCGCUAACGCUGCCAACUGAGCUAGUACCACCCUCACAAAGGGGUGCAGUCAAUGGAUCCAGCUCUUCUCUCUACGCAUCUCUGACUGAUGACUUUGACGUAGAGCCUCCACAGAAAACCAGGACCAACUUGUCGUUUGAGGAUAAAUUCAAAGCCAACCUGGAGCGAGGGAACGCAGAACUGGAGAAAAGACGACUGACAUUGCUGGAGGCCGAGAGGAGGGAGCAGGAGCGGCAUGCUCAAAAGGAGAGAGAGGAGCGAGAGAAGAGAGAGAGGGAGGCUCGGGAGGCUGAGGAGAGGAGGAGGAAAGAAGAGGAGAGGAGGCUGGAGCGACUGAGGGAGCUCGAGAGGCAGAAAGAAGAAGAGCGACAGAGAGAGAUAGAGAGAAAAGAGGCUGCACAACGGGAGCUUGAGCGCCAGAGGAAGGAGGAGUGGGAGAGAAGGAGGCGAGGAGAACUCCAGAUAAAGAAGGUGCAGGAGCAGGAUGAUAUCAUCAGACUGAAAGCUAAGAAGAGGAGUCUGGAGAUGGAGCUGGAGGCUGUGGGCAACAAGCAUCGUCAAAUCUCAGACCGGCUGCGUGACAUUCAGAAUAAGAAGAAGCUUCAGAAGACAGAGCUGGAUCUGACCAAUCAAAGGAAAGAGACACGCCAGCAAGACAUUAACAACGUGCACAGACAGCUAGAGGAGUUGCAGAGGAAGUUGUCCCAGUUGACUCCGGAGCAGAAGAGACUCACUGAGAAACUGAGAAACAUGGCUCUGAAUAACAUGCCAGUGUCGUCUAUGUCUACCCUGAAGGUGAGCGUUUCUGAGAAAAAAGGGACAUGUAUGAAAAUGCGAGAGCAGCUGAACGCUCUGGAGAAGGAGACUGCUGCCAAACUGACUGAGAUGGACCGGUAUAAUAAAGACAUGCAGGAACUGGGAGAGAGCCAGAGAAAGCAGCAGCUAGCAUUAGGGAAACUACGGAGCAUCAAGGAGGACAAACGGUGUGAACUGAUCCGAAGGAAGGAGCAGGAAGAGGAGAGGAAACGACAGGAGGAGGAAGCUCAGAGACGUAUUAAGAUGGAAAAGGAGCGUCAGUGGCAGGAGAAGCUGAGGAGGGAUGAAGAGGAGCGUCAGAGGAGGCUUCAGGAGGAGAGAGAAGCCAAACAGAGGGAGGAGGAGGAGAAAGAGAAACAGGCUCUCAUCCGGUCUGCAAAAGAGCAGGCCGAGCGAGAGCUCAGAGCAAAAGAGGAGGCAGAGCGGAAGAGAAGAGAGGAGGAGAGAAGGAAAAGAGAAGAGGAGGAGAAGAAGAAAAGGGAAGAGGACGAGCGUCAGAGGCUGGUGGAGAGACGCAGGCAGGAGGAGGAGAGGAGAAAGCUGGAGGAAGAGAGGAGACUGCUAGAGGAAGAGAGGAGGAAACUGGAGGAAGAGCGGAAGAGAGAAGAGAAAAGAAAGAAAGAAGACGAAGAGAGGAAGAAGUUAGAAGAGGAAAGGAGAGAGGGGGAGCGCAGGAGGGAGAAGGAGGAGGAGGAGAGGAGGAGACAGAGGGCGGCCGAGGCUGCCGUCCGAGAUGCAGAGGAGAGGAGAAAGCGAGAGGAGGAGGAGAGAAGGAAGAAAGAGGAGGAGGACAGGAGAAAGAGAGAUGAAGAGAGGAGAAGGCUUCAGCAGGAGCAGGAGGAGGAGAGGAGGAGGCGCGAGGAUGAAAGAAAGAGGGUGGAAGAGGAGAGGAAGAGAAAGGGGGAGGCAGAGGACAGGAGGAAAGCAGAGGAGGAGAGAAAGAGGAAGGAGGAGGCAUCUCGUCAGCAGCAGCAGCCAAGUGGAGGAGGGAAGCUGGAUAUUCAGGAGAAACUGACGUCUCUGCUGAGAGGACUGGAGGAGAGGAAAGGUGGUCAACCCAGGGCCACACAUCACAGGAAGUCAGCCGCUCUCACAUCCUUCAAAGUGCUCUACCCAUUCACUGCACGAAACAACGAGGAGCUCAGCCUCAAUGCGGAUGAUAUCAUUGAGGUUGAUGAGACGACAGAGCGGGAGGAGGGUUGGCUGUGUGGCAGCAAACAAGGGAAGAUGGGUUGGUUCCCAGAGAGCUACGUCGAGAGAGUGGCCCUCUCAAAAACUUCUAAUAAUACUGUUGUGGCUCCUCCUCCUCCUGCUGCUGCUGCUGCUGCAAGUAAAGUCCCACUCCAGUCACAACUGUCCAAUGCCCUUGAGGCUGCCAAGGCAGCAGGCACGAAGUCUGCCUUCACACCAACACACUCUCCAAACCUUGCACCCUUGGAGACACAAGGACAGCAGGUGGUGGGUAACCUGCUUGCCCAGGCCCUGUGUUCGUGGACGGCCAAGACAGACAACCAUCUGAACUUCAACAAGGACGAUGUCAUUCAGGUGCUGGAGCAGCAGGAGAACUGGUGGCUUGGAGAGCUGAACGGUGAAAGGGGCUGGUUCCCCAAGACAUAUGUGACGCCGCUGGGAGAAGAGAGCUCAGACAUGAAGAGCUCCCCUCCUGAUGUGUCAGAGUCAGGUGACAACCUGCAGCUUGAAGAAUAUGAGGCGUUGUAUACAUACGAGUCUCCGGAGCCUGGAGAUUUGACAUUUAGCGAAGGAGAUGUGAUCUUGGUGAGCAAGAGAGACGGAGAGUGGUGGAACGGCUCUAUCGGCGACCGCACAGGCUUGUUCCCAAGCAACUAUGUCAAACCCAAAGAGACCGAUACAUCGAGCACAUCUGGAAAGAAGAAGCCAGAGAUUGGCCAAGUGAUCAGGGCCCACUCCUCUACUGGCCCCGCGCAGCUGAAUCUGGAAAAUGGCCAGCUCAUACUUGUCCUUGGCAAGAAUGCCUCUGGCUGGUGGAUUGGAGAACUGCAGGCCCGUGGUAAAAAGCGACAAAAGGGCUGGUUUCCUGCUACUCAUGUCAAAAUAUUGGGAUCCAACAGCGGCAAGUCCACCCCAGCUCCUCUGCCAGUCUGUCUGGUGAUUGCCGUAUACGACUACAGCGCUGCCAACAAGGACGAAAUGAGCUUCUCUAAAGGUCAGCUGAUCAACGUUCUAGACAAGAACAACCCUGACUGGUGGAAAGGAGAGAUCAACGGGGUUACUGGCCUGUUCCCCACCAACUAUGUUAAGAUGACCACGGUGGAAUGUGACCCAAGCCAGCAGUGGUGUGCAGACCUGAACAGCCUGGACUCGCUUAGCCCCCAGGAGAAGAAGAGACAGGGUUACAUCCAUGAGCUGAUACAGACGGAGGAGAGAUACGUGGAAGACUUGAAUAUAGUGCUGGAGGUUUUCCACAGGCCUAUGUCUGAGUCGGGCCGGCUGAAUGAAGCAGAGAUGUCCAUGAUCUUUGUCAACUGGAAAGAACUACUGGCCUGCAACACCAAACUUCUCAAGGCCCUACGUGUUCGUAAGAAGACGGGUGGGGACAACAUGCCGGUGCAGAUGAUUGGAGAUAUCCUGGCCGCGGAGUUGUCCCACAUGCAGCCUUACAUCCGUUUCUGCUCCUGCCAGAUCAACGGAGCCACACUGCUCCAGAAUCGCACCGACAACGAGCCGGACUUCAAGAACUUCCUCAAGAAAAUCGCAACAGACUACAGGUGCAAGGGAAUGCCGCUGUCCAGCUUCCUGCUGAAGCCCAUGCAGAGGAUCACACGCUACCCACUGCACAUGAAAAACAUCCUGGAGUGCACUGCAGAGGGCCACGCUGACUGCGAUCCUCUGAGAGAGGCUCUGGAGAAGGCGGAGGAACUCUGUCAACAGGUUAACGAGGGUGUGAGAGAGAAGGAGAACUCCGACAGACUGGAAUGGAUUCAGAGCCACGUACAGUGUGAUGGUGUUGUGGAGAACCUGGUCUUUAACUCUCUCACCAACUGUUUAGGCCCCAGGAAACUGCUCCACAGCGGUAAGAUGCACAAGGCAAAGAGCAACAAGGAACUGUGGGCUUUCCUCUUCAACGACUUCCUGCUCCUGACUUAUGCGGCUAAACAGUUCACUACCUCUGGGCCUGAUAAACUGUUCAGCACCAGGACCAAUGCACAGCUCAAGAUGUACAAGCCACCUGUGUUGUUAAAUGAAGUUCUGGUGAAGCUGCCAGAUCCUUCCAGUGACGAGCCCCUUUUCCACAUCUCACACAUUGAUAGAGUCUACAUACUCAGGACUGACAACAUCAAUGAACGGACGGCGUGGGUUCAGAAGAUCAAGGCCGCGUCUGAAGAAUUUAUUGAGACGGAAAAGAGAAAAAGGGAAAAGGCCUAUCAAGCUCGAUCUGUGAAGUCCAGUGGAAUUGGCAGACUCCUCGUCACCAUCUUAGAAGCCACUGAGCUCAAGGCGGGAAAACCCAACGGUAAAAGUAACCCUUACUGUGAAGUGACCAUGGGAGCUCAGAUCUUCACGUCCAGAACGCUCAACGACACUCUGAACCCCAAGUGGAACUUCAACUGUCAGUUUCACAUCAGAGACAUCUACCAGGACGUCCUCUGCAUCACCAUCUUUGAAAGAGACCAGUUUUCACCAGAUGACUUCCUGGGUCGGACAGAGGUUCCCGUAGCAACCAUAAGGAAGGAGUUGGAGAACAAGGGACCGGUGACACGUCGUCUUCUACUGCACGAGGUUCCUACGGGGGAAGUGUGGGUCCGCCUCGACCUGCAGCUCUUCAGCGGCAAAUAGUCAAGUAGAAUGGACUGAAAUAAGAAACCACAUCUUCUAUCAAGGCAUCCAAAUCAGGGAGCGUUAACCAAAAACAGAAAAGCUGCUCUUUUGUCACGUACACAAAUGGGACGGUUCCCAUAUCAAACAAAACACCUGACCUGUGUUUCACACAACAGCCUUAAUAUUUUAAUGAUAACCAGCACUAAAUAUAAUACCUCCUUAUAUGUUGUCUGAGUCCUUUGCCUAAUAAUGACAUCAGAUGCUAAAGGAAGCUCAGGCAGUGCAGGAGUUUGCACAUUCACAAUAUUUACACUGAGGGAGUUAAAAAGGUGGUUUAUACGGUGGAGACGCUGUGUGUCAUGAAGCUGAGUCCUUGGCUCUAACAAUUCAUAAUCUUCAGAGGAAGUUAGAACUAUUAGCAAUAGAAGUGAAUAUAAAGGUUCUUCUUCUCCUCUAGAAUCUCACAGCUCUUUGUCUCAGUCGGUUCAAGUAUUCAGUCACUGACACAGUUUACCAAGUAGACCAAGGCUUUUUUUAAUUAGAAUGACUAUGGACUUAUGAUCGCUCAUCACAAGCUGUAUGUUUUCAGUGGCAUUAAGGGCGUCACCAGCAGUAGAUGGCAGAUGCUGCACAGCGACGUGAUGCUUUGGACAUGCUUGUUCGUCAGCAGCUUUGGUCUGGAGUCAGUUUACUACUGUAGAUGAAAAAGCUCAGGAUACGUAGUUCUGAGCUUAGUCACUGUAAUUAAUGAACACUUUGUCUUUGUGUGUGUGUGUGUGUGUGUCUUUGUAUUGUAGAGAUGCUUCACAAACAUUUAAGAUACAGAAACAUACACAUGUUUAUCUGAGGGCUCUUGAGACGCUGCAGCUUUAGGAGUUGCCUUGUAACCUCGGGUCGGGUUCAGUGGGAUUAUUAUCUCUUUAGGAUAAAUGUCUUUUUCUUUGCUUUUACUUCAGCCAAGGCCAAAUAAAAUUCUCCAAGUGUGUCUGCAGAGUAGCCUAGGUGAUACAAUGAGGGAGGUAUAUAAAAAGCUGUGUGAAUUUAUUUCCUGCUUUACUUUACUUGGUGUGGAGGAUUUUAAGAAUGUGUCAGUGUUUUGAGGUAACACGGACUGACGGUUUGGCAUCACUAAUGAACAGUAUUUGCCCUGUUGUAUUUAUGUUCUUUACACUUUUACCCCGCUAGAUUUUAAGUGUAAUUCUCCAGUCGCCGCCUCACUGACAGCAACACUGUCCUUCUGUGACGCCUCAAAAUGCUGCCCCAUACAAACAUCUGCAAUUGAACCUUUACAAGGCUAUGGUGUGUAAAAGCUGUAUAUUUAUGUUGUAGGUUGACUUUUGGGUGUCUUCUGCCUUGUUUUUACUCUUUCGCUCUAUGCAUCCAGUUUCCUUUCUAACUCUGAGCGCACGCUGGUGUUCUGAAUAUUAACGAAAAAAGUGUCGUAUUUAUUUCUUAAUUUAUGCGUGUGUGACUAUCCAAAGGUCUAAAGCAGCGUCGCCUGCUGCGUCAUCUUGGAUAAUCAGUUGGUAUCCACUGGGUUUGUUUUGAAAAUGUGCGACAUGUUCAUCUUCUGCGGUUGAGUUUUACAAUAAGCAGACUAGGUCCCUGGUCAUUUUGUUAGGCCUGCUGUUUUGUGCUCGUUUGUCUCAUUCAAUCAGCAAAUCUGUUUUUAAUCUUGUAUUCAUUUGGAUGUUUUCAGGAAAUUGGGGAAAAUGUGCAAAGAGACUGGACUACCUUCUUAGUCUGUGUAGGGGUGUUAAAGUUUGCCUUUUGUUUUACUUUCCGCUGCCGUCUGCAUUGACUGCUGCUGCGCUAACUGAGUUCAUGGCCUCUAACUCAGACUGCCUGUUGACAGCCUGGAGUCUGUAACCUGCUGUGUGUGCUCACUUUGGCCUCUAGGUGGCACUCUCUGAUCCAGGGUUUCUUAAGUCAAAUUAAAGACAUUAAAAAGUGAACAAAC